UAUAGCCUGUUAUAUUCCAUAACCUGAAUAACAACAACAAUUAUAAAUGUAGAUGUAGUGUUGUAUGUUUCCAUGUGACUGAGUGCCAGGUGUGUCCCAGAGAAUGCUUCACUUCCUCUAAAUCAAAACACGUUUCUUCUGUAGAAAGGACCAGAAAACAGAGAGUUCCACUUCCUGUUUCAGUUCUCUGUCAGACUGAAGCUGAAGCAGCUCAGCAGCUCAGUUCAGCUGCAGCUGUCGGAGUCAUGUGGCUCUCGACGACAUGCUCUCUGCUGCCCCUGCUGGUCCGUCUGAGUCCUGCGCUCCUCUUCCUGCUGCAGCUUCCUGACUACAGCACCACAGAGGAAGGACACUGGCAGGACUACAAACAUGGCCUUCAAGAGAAACCUUUCUGCUCCUGGAAAUGUCUCCUGUUCACUCUGCAGUGGCCCGCAGCCUUCUGUCAGUCUUUGGACAAUGAGACUCUGUGCAGGAUUCCUCCUGGUGUGGACAGCUGGACAAUCCAUGGCCUCUGGCCUCUUGGGGCAUACGGCUGCUGUAAGUGUUGGCCGAUGUUCCAGUCUGACGUGCAGGAGCUGGAGGCUGAGCUGACUGAACACUGGCCGUCCUUACUGAGGACCAAGUCCAGCUUCCACUUCUGGAGAGAGGAAUGGGAGAAACACGGUGUGUGUGCAGCCUGUGUGGAAGGAAUGAACUCUCCACUCAGAUACUUCCAGAUCUGCCUCAAACUGAGAGGACAGUUUGACAUCCACAAGCUGCUGCAGGACGCUGACAUCACUCCGUCCUGUGAUCGACCCUACAAGGUUGAGGAGGUCCAGCAGGUCCUGGCUCUACAUCUGGGAGAGAAGCAUGUGAUCCAGUGUGUCACCGACCACAAGGACAGAGAGGUGUGGUUUCAGGUGAAGAUACCUCUGUCUCACAACCUCACCCUCGGCUGUGAACACCACAGCGGCGCCAACAGGGACCCUGCGCCCAGGUCUGACCCAGGAUGGCACCCCUCCAAUGGGCACCCCUGCCCUCCUCAGACCCCGUUCUACUACUUCCCCAUCGACCACCAGGAGCCGCUGCGGCCCUGCGGAUAACUCACUCUGAAUAUCAGAGUAGAGGACAGUCAGUCAGACGGUUGGAUGGUGGAGACAGAAAGCCAAAGAUGAGUUUAAAGUUUGUAAUGCCAGUCUUCCUGUGAUUAAUCAAAAGUGUG